CAGCACUGAAAGACGCCGAAAGGGUAUAAAGAAAAAAUUUGCCGCUUGUUCUGCAACUGAAAAAAUCCCACAGCCAACGAAAAAUUUGAGAAAACUAUUAACCGAGUUGGUGUUGCUGAACAAACGUGUCUGUGUCUGAGACUGCGUCGACAACAAACCGUCUGAGGAACAAAAUGUCGGACAUAUCCAGCACUCAGCUCAGGGCCGAGAUUCAGGCUGUGCUCAAGAAUGCUGAUCUCGCAACGAUUUCAGCAAAACGAGUGCGGGAGCAGGUGGAGGGCAAGCUUAACUGUUCGUUGCUGAGCCGCAAGAAGGAGUUCGAUAAGAUUGUGAUGGAAGUAAUCAACGAACAGCAGGAUGACGAGAACAGUGAAGAUGACGAUGGUAAUGAUCCGGACGCCGAUCCUCAGGAUGAUAGCGAGCAAAGUGAGGAGGAGUCAGCUGCCAGCAGCAGUGAGGAAGAGAAAAAGAAGAAGCCAGGACCCAAGAAGCGUCCCCAACCGACAAAGCACAAGGUGGCCACCAAGAAGAAGCGCAAGUCUCUCAAAGCCGAUGAUUCUGGUACUGAGAGCGAUGCUGGCUCCGACUCCGACUAUGAGGUGGUCAAGAAGCCGACACCGAAGAAGAAGGCAGCCAAGGCUGCUGGCGGUUCCGGCACAGGUCGUAAGAGCACCGGUUUUACACGGGCCUACAAUCUAUCGCCGGAGCUGUCUGCCCUCAUGGGGGCUGACUCCUUGCCACGCCACGAGGUGGUCAAGAAAGUUUGGGCCAUCAUUAAGGAGCGUGACUUGUACGAUCCCAAGAAUAAGCAGUUUGCCAUAUGCGAUGACGAGCUCAUGAAAAUCAUGAAGGUCAAACGGUUCCGCACUUUUGGCAUGCUCAAGCAUUUGAAGCCGCACUUCCUUGACUAAGCGACUUUACCGCUAGUUUCCCCAUCCAGAUGCAAAUGGUCCGUAUGCGCCAACAUAUACACUAUCACGCACUUGCACAGACACAGAUCCAUACGAAAUCGCAUAGAAUACACUACUUCAUAGUUUAGUGUUUUAAUUAAUAUGAAUGCAAAUUUUCGGCUUCACGACAUUUGUUUGUUCCAUUUUGUUUAAGAUUUAGUUGCACAGGGGGUGUAGAGACGAUGUCGGCAACGACUUGAGCCUCAGUUCAGUUCGCAUUGAAUUGGAUCGGGCCACCCACCAAUGUGUUAGGAUUAAACCUACAUAAUUAAGACGAAUCUACAAUAUUUUCACGUAGUCUCUACGGCAUUUUAAGUAACAAACAAGAUUACAAAAAUUGUAUGAUUUUUUUUAAAAAAACUCAUGUACAAGUUAAUUACAUUGUAUGGUAA